GCAGCAGCAGCAGCAGACAGCAGCAGCAGCAACAGUUUCAACAGAAGCUCGCCGGCGGCCUUGGGAGUGCUCAGCAGCCGCCUGUCAAACACCAGCAAGGACCUCCUAGCAUGCGUCCCCCGGGCCCCCACGGACCCAACGGGACAGGGCAGCAUGGUCCGCCCAGCCCCUUCGGUUCCAGCAGCCCUCAGGGGCCCUUAAGGCAGCCCGAACCAUACGGACACCAUGGUCCGAACAGUCCAUCAGGCCUUCACCACACGCGGCCUCAGGGACCUCCAGGGCCUGGCCCCCAUGGUCCUUUUCCUCCCCGUGGACCUGGCAUGCAUAACGGGCCACUGUCACACGCUGCCGGGCCUAAUGGUACUAAAGUUCAGUCUCCAAUGAGGCCUCAUGGUCCCCCUGGCUCUGCCGUGGCUCCGGGCACGCCUUCCUCACUUAGUUCUCCACAACCCCACACCGGGGAAGGGCUGCGUUCCAAGGAGGACUCUAUCAGUCCUCCCGCAGGUAGCCAGCAGCAUGGAGCCUCGGUGAGCGAGGCUGGGUCUUCGACCUCGCCGAAAGCAGUCUCUCAACAGUCGGCUGAGGCGGACAGGGGACUGUUCGGACCUCAGGCAGAUCUGCGGCCGGGCCAGCCGGGGAUGCUUCCGCAGCAGGAUGGGCUGCAGCAGCAGGGCCAGCUGGGUGCUGAUCGUGAGUAUGCUAAGCAAUCCUCUAACCUGCUCUCCCACAGCUCUUUCCUUCCUCUAAGCUCUACCCAGCCUCACUCGCAAACCUCACAGCCCUCCCCUGUAAGUGAUCCUCAUUACAUACCCCGAAAGAAGUUCACGGAUCCUCACGCAGACUCUUCCCUGUCUCUGUCAGAAGUGGAGUCUCUUUCAAAAUUCUCCAUCACCGAGAGUCGAUCCUCGAAUGUGCAUAAAUCAUCGCCACCGUCGAAGGAGGUAACUACUCUUAGCCUUGCUUCAUCCACCUCCUCUUCCGGCGAGGCAAAGAUUCAUAGGCCCACAAGGGCUGCCGUACAGCCUCCUGCCACUGACAGUGGAAAUGACUCAGAUACCAAAGUAGGGAAGGUAGCUUCAGCAGUCUCCCCCGAGAGUGACACCAAGUGUCCCGCUGGCGGAGAGCGAACCGAGUCCGAGGAAAAAAGUUACGAGGUCACAGACGACGACGUGAAGCGAUACUUAGCUUUCCUCAGCAAGCCGUCAGAUGAUGUGUCGGUGGUUGUGUCGAGUCAGGACAAGAGUGACAAGUGCAAAGAAGAGGAAUCCGUCAAGAGGGAAAAGAAGUCAGUAGUUGAGGAGGGCGGGAGGAGUGAGGAGGGUGAGGAGGAGGAAGGAGAAGACAGCGAGGAAGAGCCGGACUCUCCUGGACUAUUGACUGCCAUGACCUUCUACGAUCACUCUCCUGGGGAAGUGUACACCAUUCAUGAGGACGAGGAGGAGGCCAGUUCCCCGACUGCCUCCGACGGAGUCUCAAGGCCACGCAGGAAAGGGGCGGCCAUGGGUCUGGGACCAAUGGGACCAAUCCCAGGAGGCCUGGAUGCUCGAAGAAAUCAACUGCGAUCACAAGUGUCGUUGGAAGGUCACUUGCACAACACCAGUAUGAUGCGGGGAACAGCGGAUGGCCAAGACACACGAGGACCGACCACCAUGGGCACCCACACCAACGCCACUCAGAGCGUCGCCUCUACCACAAGCGGGCGUCCUCCCGUGGGUGGCGUGAAGCUUCCUGGCAUGGGUGAGCUGCAGACCACUACCCAGCCUUCCUCCGUGCAAGCCGGCCUGCAGUCAGGGCCUCAGACGCAGCAGCACCAGCAGCAACAACAACAACAGCAACAACAACAGCAUCAGCUACAUAUGGGGCAGCAAGUUCCUAGCACUCAAAUAGGAGGUCUGGGCACGGCAGGCACAGGUCUGGGCGGAGGGUUGAGUGGCAGCAUGCCUGGGACCACCACAGGGACUACUCUGACCACCACCUCUCACGAUCCAAUGUCACGGAUGCAUGGUCAGGUCACGUCACAAGCCACUCUCAACUCGCAGGUGAACAGCCACAUGACCACCUCCUCCAUGAACCAGACCAACACCUCUGCCGUGAACCAAACCAACACUUCUGCCAUGAAUCAGACCAACACCCAGAUAAGUCAUAUGCAUAACCAGGGCAUGAUGAACACUCACCAGUCCCAGAACAGCCAUUUCAUGAACCACCAGAUGGGACAGCAGCAUCAGCAGCACCAGCAGCACCAACACCAGCAGCAGCAUCAACAACAACAGCAGCAACAGCAGACGCAGCAGCAGCAACAACAGCAACAACCACAUGAACUGAACCCUUACCAGAACAAGAUGCAGCAGGGAGGCCAGAUGCAGAUGAAUCAGAUGGGUAUGGACAUGCAGACACAGAACACCAUGGGCGGCCCUCACAUGAACCAGACCCAGAUGGGUAACCACGUACCCCCUGGAAUGACCUCACAGCCCAACAACCCUAGUCUAGUGACCUCCAUCGCCCAGCGGAUAGCAAACCCAAGUAGUCAGAUGAACCAUGUGGGCCAGAUGAACCAGAUGAACCAAAUGCAGAAUUCCUUGGGUGGCGCCAAAGAUAUAAAGGGACUAGGUAGCCUCCUGCACAGCCCUCUCAGCGGCAGACACCAACAGCAGGCACAAAAUGUGCACCAGAACACUCAACAGCAGCAGCAGCACAACGCCUCCUCCACAGCCUCGUCGGCGCUCAGUGGCCUCAGCAGCCUCUUCGGCCUCCAAAAGAAUCGUCCAGCCGGAGGCCUCAUAGGGGAUCUGUUUAAAGGAAAAGGAGAUGGAGGUGGUCACCAACACCCGCCUCAGCAGCAACAACACCACCAGCCACCCUUCUCCCAGUCUCAGCAACUUCCACAGCAACAGCAGCAGCAACAGCAGCAGCAGCAACCGUUUCAGCAGACAUUACAGCAACAAAACAUGCAGCAGCAAGGAAUGCAACCUCACCAGCAACAGCAACAGCCUGGUAUGCAGGGAAUGCAACAACAACCAUUUCAGCAGCAGAAUCUGCAGCAGCAGAGCCUCCAGCAGCAGCCUUUUCAACAGCAACCUCAAAACCUUCAGCAACAAAAUUUACCACAGAAUUUGCAGCAGCAGCAGCAAAAUUUACAGCAACAGCAAAACCUGCAUCAACAGCAAAAUUUGCAUCAGCAGCAGAACCUGCAGCAACAACAGAAUCUACAGCAUCAGCACAACCUACAACAGCAACAGAACCUGCAGCACCAACAGGAUCUUCAGCAGCAGAGCUUGCAGCAGCAGCAGCACAACCUGCAGCAGCAACAAAACCUACAGCAACAGCAACAUAAUCUGCAGCAGCAACAGCAGCAACAACAACAACAACAGAAGGUGGGCAUUUUGUCAGGCAUGAAGGGCGACCACUUCACCACGGCGUACACAGGCAUCUCCCCACCCUCACAGCCGCUGUCCCGCGAGGACUUGUACGGCCAGCAGCAUCACGGCAUGGCGGACGGCCUCAUGCACGGCCCAAACAUGAUGCUCAACAGGCCUGCGCCACACUCCCCCACCGAGAUGCGGGGCGGCGUGAUGGUCACCACCUCGGGGAUGGUUAAGUCUCUGGACCGUCCUCGCCAGACUACGCUGUUUGGUAUCAAGAAAAAUAAGUCGCUUAGGCCAGACUUAGCAGAAACUUGGCCCUCCAUUGUAGAUCUGUCGCCAAUAAUGGAUGUAUCUCCCUCUGUGGAGGCGGCCGAGCAGGAGACCAAUGGCAGGAAGGAUGCCAAGGGCUCUCCCAAUGUGGCUGGCGGCGCGCAGCAGAAGAGCUCCAUCAGCGGCAUGCUCUCCGACUUCACUCGCGCCCUAGGUCUUGGAGGAAACUCACCAAAGGAGGAACAUAAGGGCAACAUUGCCACGUCUCAGCAUCAGCAGCAGCAACAGGUCCUCACCUCGCAGCCUCAGUCACAGGCCCAGCUCAUCAGCACUCAGGCGACGGGAAUCAACUCCCAAGGUCAGCUGAUCAACUCCCAGGGGCAGGUGGUGGGGCAGCAGCAAGUCUCCGCCGGCCAGGCUGUGACUCAGAUGGGCAACCACGUGGUACCCAGCGUGCAGCAGUCAAUGGUGGGCGGGCAGCUGGUGCAGAACCCAGCUGUGGUUGUCAGUGCUGGACAGCUUGCCAACCAAUCGAUGCCCUUCCAGCAGAUGACUCCAGCACAGCAGCUCCAGCUACAACAGAUGCAGCUGCAGCACCAAGCACAACACUUAAAGAAAAUGCGACGCCAGGACCAAGCUGCCGCUCUGCAGCAGCAGCUACUCACGCAGGGCAAGGUCUCCCCCACACCCAUAAGGAAAGAUGCAACGGGUGCUGUGGCCGGCUUGCAGCAGCUCCAGAACUUACAACACCAGCAGCAGCAACAACAACUGGCUGGCAAGAUCGUGGGACGCGUGGCCAACAGCCUGCCCACCGCCGCUCUCCUGCAACAGUCGACCAUCGCCACAAGCGACAGCAAGCCGCGGGUACUGGUGAUGCCCGGCCAGAACAUUCCUACUACGGAGUCGCCGCUCACGUCCCUCCAGAGGCGCAUAGGCAAGCCAGACGUUGGGGCUCUGCUUCGCUCCUCCACGGACCAGCUGGCCUCCCCAGAAGAGUUCAGCAUGGCUAACGUGAACGCCCAGCUGGCCCUGCUGACGGGAACCCCAAGCACUCCGGCAGGAACCCCCAGGGGACUUCGUGAUGAUUCCUCGGACACUAUGAGCGAGACGGACAGUCAGAAGAGCUUGCGGGUGCGCCGGAAGCUGCCGCACCUGCCGCCUGACCAGGAGGCGGCGCCGCUGCCUUCUCAUAAAAAGAAUGCUUUCGGACUCAACGCCAAAGACCGAGUCAGGUCGCAGCUGGCUCGUCAGUCAUCUCUAGACGGGACGGUAGGCACUGCCGGCCGUAUCGGUGGUCCUCUUGGUCUGGCCAGACCCUCUUCCAGCAUGACCAACUUGGCCAAUAUCUCCAAGAUGCCAGAUAUCAACUUGCCCACUCGACCCGGUUCAGCUCUCGGUAUUCCAGGUCACCCAGGAACUGGCCUCCGCGGCUCCUCCCUCAGCGGACCUCAACUCAAGACGGGCCUCCCUGCCAGUAUAGCGCAGUGCCUCCCACCUGACCUCCACCACCUCAUCUACACCAACGCCACCCCGCCUAACCUGGGAGAUAACUACGGCUCACAGCUCCCUGAAUACAUGCAGAACCUGAAGGACCAGCUGCAGGAGGAACUUAAGUCGACUACCACUGACCGGAGGGCCAUGCUGGAGGCGGAGCUCCUGCGGCUGCAAGAGGAACGCCGCCGCGCUUUGGUGGAGAAGGACAAGGAGAGGGACGGCCGCUUGCGUCGCGAGCUGGACCGUCUGGCCUCCUCCAGCUAUUCAGGAUCACUUUCGCUCAAACAGAGAAUGGAAAUUCAACGUCGCCUGGGUAUGGCAUCUGGCACGAGCAAUACAACAGGAUCAGCCAACUCCUCCCCUAGGAACCACCGGCGAAAGGGCCACCGACGACAAAUGUCGGAUCCCAGGAUUAGCUCCUAUGUCUCCCCCAUUAAGGAGGACAGGGACGUGGAGAAAGAGCUGGAGCGAUCCCUCUACGGCGCGGCCCUUCGAGACACUGCCAUCAACUACAUGGAUGACGAUGACCUCUUGGCAGCCAGACUUCUAAGCAUGGGCAGGAGCACGGGAAGGCGCAGCUCAGAGAGCGGGCUUCCCUCAGACCUGUGGGGCCGCAGCUCCACCCCGGGCUCCACCCUCACCGACCCGGGGAUUUAUGGCUCCUCUCGCCAAAAGCCAAUCAGAAAGCCUCGCAAGCCUCGCUCCUGGCACCCCUCGCCCUAUGCCUCAGAUGACGAGGACGACCUCUUAUCGCGGGAGGAGAAGAAGCAGAAGAUCAAGGCAGAGAUCUCACGCAGGAGGCAGCAGAUCGAACAGAAUUCGCGUUUGCACGAGGAAUUAAUCCGCCUGGCGAGGCUGCGCGAGAGUGCCGAGCUGGGCUACAAUGACCCCAGAGCCUACGGGCCCUAUGACCAAAGUCCGCCGCAGUCCGCGCGCGACUCCACCACCAGUGUCUUACGGUCUAUUGAUGAGAUCCUGAGGGACGCCCGCGAUCCCUCGUCCGGGUAUUACAGCGGCUACUCCCCAUAUAAAGCGGGAGGAUCACCACCAAACCGCUAUGGCAGCUCGCCUGGCGCCCGAACGUCGCCACGUCAUUACUAUGGCUCGCGAGGCCCCUCUCCCUCUCAUUACCCAAUGACAGAGGAGGACCGGUCCAUGGCCCGCCUCGCCUCCACCUUCCAGAGCGAAGAUUUCACAGGCGCGCUGUAUGAGCGACUCUCUGACUUCUCUCCCCUCACGGCAGACAGCCUGAGCGACACCAUGAGUGACUUCACCCCGGCCAUGCCCUUGCUGCCCGACAUGCCGACACGCUCGCGAAAGUUGUUAGAGGAUCUAGGAAGCUCACCAAUCACUAGUCAGACCCACAGAGGCAAGUAUGACUUACAGAGACGGUACCGGAAGUAAGUGGUGUUGUGUGUUGUGGUUCUCGUGUUGAGGUGUUGGUUGGUGUCUCUACACAACUGUCGUAUGCUAGAACUGUCCCACUAAAUCGAGCAGUAUAUUCAUGAAAAUCAAAUCUGGUUACAAGAUAACAGUAUAUAUCAAUAUAUCCGCACAUCUUAUGUGAUACAAAUAGGGGGCAAGUCUAGUGCACCUAAGUAUAAAAUACGGAAUAUGCUAAGUACCUCCGAUUGCCUAGGUUAAGUGUAUUGUAACACGAGGCUGGUUCAGUGUCAUUCUUCCCUGAGGAUAUUUGGAACACUAUCUGUGGCCUGUAACUUGACGAUAAGCAUAAUCCACACAAACACCUGGAAACCUCCUCACCCUCAGCGAGUCGAGGCACCGUCGUCCCGGCGGCCUCCUCCCGAUGGCGGGCGGCGGCCGGCGACGACCACGAUGAACAUAAGUGUAACUCGCCACGUUCUACCUUGCUCUCCUCCCUCAGUUAUUGUGCCUUAUGUCCAUACUUACUCGAACAAUUCGUUUAAGCAUUUGAUAACACUUUAUUGAAGGUUGAAUUCCUAAUGAUUUCCGACCCUCCCCUUCUUAGUGGUGACGGACUAUCUUGAUUGCUUCGCCCUUACGUUAUAGGUAUGAGUAGAGUUACAACAUAAAGCUUGCCACUAAAUCACUACUCAAUAAUUUGUUCCAUAACAUAUCGAACUCGAUUCGUCGAAUGAAGAACUGCCAUUCAGGUCCACCAAAGUUGGUUGCCUAAGUCUGUCUCCCAAUAAGGACCCCCAUCACUUGCGUCCCCUUGCUGUCUGAUGGCAUCUUCCCGUGAUACCAUCCAACCUCCGAGUCUCUCCCCGGACUCCUUUCCUGGAUCACCUUGUAUUACCAAUAUCUUCCCAUGGAGGAUUUUACGGGGAAUCAUGACUAAUAUACUUUCCUGAGGGAAAAUCUAAAAAGACGCACGGACUUCGGGAAUCCUUUUUGAUCCUGUUACUGUGUUCACGGUGUUGCUGGUGUACUUACUCAUCCCAAUAUUCUCUACGAGUCUCAUCCGCCGCGGCGCACGGAGCAGAGCGGCUCGGUGGCCGGCCUGGCCGACACUGCCGCUCUCGGAGGUUCCGGGGCGGAUGUGGGUCCCACUCUGCCACCUCGGAGGGUCCAGAUCGAUGUGGCAGAGUGACAGAGUCUGAGAGGCUCUUGCGGGGGCUACCAUUCUCUCUUCCUCACUAAAUUGUGUGUCAUUGAGUGCCACCUGACGAGCGGAACGGUCUAGUUCGUUCCCUGGGGUACCUAACUAAACUAAGCGGGUCGUUGAGCUGCUAUCCUCAUUGUAGCUGGAGGAGGGGCGGGCGGGGUGACGGGUCGGGCUGGGCCGCACCGUGGAGGGUUUGGCAGGCCGUGUCCAGGUGCCGCCCCGCCGCGCGCCCACGACCGUCCGCCCUCUAGGUAACAUGCACAACGGGCCUUGGCAAACAGUGCUGCUGGAUGCCACUUUGGAGCUCCACUGCCCAUAAACUUCAGUGUCAAGCACAGUCUGUGUUCUCCCUGCAUGUGUCUUUCUUGCUUCUGAGGACGAUGUCUAUGUCACUGUACAUUCCAUUUCAUUAUAUUUGUUCAUGGCAUGUAAACAAUACAAAUUGUUGUUGACCUUCAAAUACAUCAUGUUAUUUGAAAGA